CGCACAACCUCAAUGACUUUUUUUUUUCCUUCUCUUCCUCCCUUAUAGAUACCGGAUACCAUCAUGUCAGGCAGAUCAACAGCACCAGGAGUAGGAGUAGGAGGACCUUCGUCAUCGACUCAUCACAUUCACAGUGCAACUAUGCCUUCUCCUUCAUCCACUCUGCCCUUGUUACAGGCUCCACCUGGGAAACGGAUUGCAUUACCUGUUCGAGUUGAGCCCAAGGUCUUCUUUGCAAACGAACGCACGUUUCUUUCAUGGCUCAACUUUACAGUCAUCUUGGGGACACUUGCGAUCGGUCUAUUGAAUUUCGGUGAUAAGAUUGGACGUAUCUCUGCAGGCGUCUUCAUCUUGGUCUCCAUUAUCGUGAUGAUCUACGCAUUGGCCACUUUUCAUUGGAGAGCAAACCGGAUUCGAAUGAGGGAGCCAGGCCCAUACGACGAUCGAUUCGGCCCUACAGUUCUCUGUCUCAUCAUCCUGGUUUCUGUUCUGUUCAAUUUUGGAUUGAGAUUUGCAAAUGACAAAGGCUUGUUUUGAAGCUUCUUUCUUAAGAAAAAGAAAGUACCUUUUAG